CUGGCCCAACCACUUAAUUCUGGCUGUACUGCCACCAUCUCCAGCAAGUGCCUGCCCAGUGACCGAUUGGCGCCACCAUUGUCGCUAAUACCAACAUCGGCGACAAUACUCGCUUCCUCCACUUCCACGCCAGCAGUUGUGACCACGAGGGCUUCGGUAGCUUCCACGUUCUAUGAUGGAGUCUUCACCUCGACGCCAACGCAGACUCGGAGUGCAACUACGCAGCAGCAACUGAUGCAAGACUCGGUAAAGGAAAAACCAUUGCCAUCACGGCCUCCGCCACCACCGUUUUCCCAGUCAUCCGGGGAGUCUCAGCAUUAG